AUGGGUUCUUUGAAGUUAGAUCUAUAUUGCAGAAUCUACCCGGAACGGAUCGACCACUUCGAUGUGCUUCCGGAUUCUAUUCUUCUCUUAAUCUUUAACAAAAUUGGCGAUGUCAAGGCCUUGGGUCGAUGCUGCGUCGUUUCUAAGAGGUUCCACUCUCUGGUUCCUCAGGUCGAAAACGUAGUCGUUCGGGUUGAUUGUGUCAUCUCUGAUGAUGAUUCUUCGUCGUCGGGGAACUCUGCCUCCUCCUCGGCGUCGGCAGCUAACAAGUCCCGCCAUCCCAUCUCAUCCCUUUUUCGGCUUUUCUUUUCGGGCCUCUUUCAGUCACUUACCCAGCUGAUUACUCCCUCCCCACGCCGCUCAAUCGUUUCUAAUACGGAAGAUUUCUACGAUAUAGACCAGAACAGCGUGACCCAUCAUUCCCCUACUCAAGUCUUGAAGAAUUUUGAUGAAAUCAAGCUUCUGAGAAUCGAGUUACCGACUGGAGAGCUCGGAAUUGAUGAGGGAAUUUUGCUUAAAUGGAAGGCCGACUUCGGUUCCACGCUUGACAAUUGUGUUAUUCUUGGAGCCUCCAGUGUCAUUCAGACCACGAAUACUAAUGAGUGUUCCAGUGUUUGUAAUGUUGAUGGUAAUGGAGCUGAGAGCGAUAAUGGGAGCAUACCCGAAUCAUUUUACACAAAUGGGGGCUUGAAACUGCGUGUUGUAUGGACAAUAAGCUCAUUGAUAGCUGCCUCUGCUAGGCAUUACCUGCUCCAGCCAAUAAUAGCAGAGCACAAGACGUUGGAGAGCUUGGUUUUGACGGAUGCUGAUGGACAAGGGGUGUUGUAUAUGAAUAAAGAGCAGUUGGAGGAGCUGAGGGCGAAGCCUCUUUCUGCCUCAUCGGCUUCCAAGAGGACUCUGGUGCCGGCUUUGAGUAUGCGGUUGUGGUAUGCCGCACAUUUGGAGUUGCCAGAUGGGACUGUGUUGAAAGGGGCGACCUUGGUGGCGAUCAGACCCAGUGAGCAGCCCAAGAAGGAGGUUUUGGAGUCAGAAGUCAAUUGGGUUGCCUCAGCACUUGAGGAGCCAUUUGGAACUGCUGCAAGGAUGCUGGUGAAGAGGAGGACUUACUGUCUGGAAAUGAACUCAUUUUGA